UGCAAUUGGGACGAAUAAAAGCGUUGAAGUCUAUCAAAGAAAAAUAAAUCAAUAAAAGCAAAAGAAAAUUACAUCAACCUUUGUCAGAAAAAAGGGAAAAAUCUUGAACGUGCUUCACAAACAAUGCUGCACAAGACGGGCAUCCUCCUCCUCCUGGUAUUUUUUACCUCUGCAUAUGAAAUAGACCAGAACGAGUCUUUAAUGCCACGGAGGACACGGGACUCUAUUCACAGCUCAACUGAAGUGGUCCGAUGCUUGAACAGUGCCCUCCAAGUGGGCUGUGGUGCUUUCGCCUGCCUGGAGAACUCUACCUGCGACACAGACGGCAUGCAUGACAUCUGCAAGUCCUUCCUCUACAACGCUGCUAAAUUCAACACUCAGGGCAAGGUCUUUGUGAAGGAGAGCUUAAAGUGCAUUGCUCACGGCAUCACGUCCAAGGUGUUCCUUACUAUCCGGAGGUGCUCCACCUUCCAGAGGAUGAUCUCAGAGGUGCAGGAGGAGUGCUACAGCAAACUGGACAUCUGCAGCGUCGCCAAGCUCAACACCGAGGCCAUCACUGAGGUCAUUCAGCUGCCCAACCACUUCACCAACAGAUACUACAGCAAGCUGCUUCGCAGCCUCAUGGAGUGUGAUGACGACACUGUGAGCAUCAUCAGGAACGCUCUGAUGUCCAAGAUGGGGCCGGACAUGGCCAGCCUCUUCCAGCUGCUGCAGAGUGACCGCUGCUCCACCCCCCAGACGAGGGCGGAGUUCAACAGGAGACGUCCCUCCGAGUCCCAGAGACUCAAAAUCUACUUCAAGAACCUGCGUGAUGAGCGGCCCUCCGCAGUCAUGAGACGCACCUCUGGAGAAAGCGCUUAAGACCUUAAACCUUUUACCAAAGCAGAUCCGUGACCAAAUACAGCUAGUCAAAAAAAAAAAAAAAAAGUUAUAUAUAGUUUAUAGUCAACUUAAUAAGACUGCAUAUUCCCUCAAUUAUGAUAGCUAAUUAAAAUACAAUUUUUUUCAUUAAAAAAAAAACAACCCAUCAGCUUAUAUACUUACUCAUUGUUCAGAUCACUUUGCUGUCAAUUUAUAUAUAUAUUAGCUGAAGAUGCCAUUUUAUUAUGUUGGUAUUCAUUCUGUUUAUCAAAUAGAUUUUUUUUCUUGCUUGCACUUGACCAAUUCAGAAAUACCGGCACCAAUCUCAGACUAACAUUUUGAAAAGUCUAGAUCGAGGUCUUUACUCUUAAUUGCAUGUCUGAGAUUUUAAAUCUAAGUUCUUACGCAGCCUCUACAGAAACUGACAAUAUUUUUUUUGACUAGCUGUAUAACAAGGACAAUAGGCCCUUGACUACACUAUUUAAACAUUUCCAUUAAUAAAUUAAUUUGGCAACAACUAAGCAGCUUUAAUUACACUGUAAUUACAUGAAACUAUUUAUGCAGUAACCACGUCAUAUUUCAAAAGAUGUUAGCCACUUGUAAAACCUCUCAUCUUGGAAUUACACAUUUGGAUAACGCAUGUUCAAUUACAGUGUAAUUAAUGUACAGAAUCAUCAUUAUCAGAAUAUUUAACACUAUUCAAAAUGUAGACAUUUCCCUAUGCAGCAAAAGUUGGAAAAAAAGUUACUCAACACUUAUUUCUUGAAACAUAUAACUAUUUAAAACCAUUAUUUGUGAUAAUUUAUUUUCCUACUUACUAAUUCUAUUUUAUUUAAUAUAUUCUGUUAUUUUAUGAAGAUGCAGUGGUUAUAACUUGUGUAUGCUAGAGCUAGACACAUAGGUUUAGUUGUCUAGUUUGGAAAUGGAUGGGUUAGCUGUGGUUUCCAAUGGGAUAUGUAGAUAUUCCCAGCGUCAUCGACUGACGGAACUCAUGUUCUAGGCUCUAUGCUGGCCGUAGAAGAACAUGCAUACCAUGCUAGUGAACCUUGGCUACGCUCAGUUAGCGAUAGGAGGGACCAUAUUUAAACAGACUUAAAAAGUAGGUGGAGGAGGAUCAUGAUUGUAUUACGGAAAUGAGACGAGUCCUGAAAUUCAUGGCGUGGGUGCAUUUUAUUGGGAGCAAGUGAACAUCACAAAAAAACAGUUUCUCAUUCCGAGACCCCCUACUCCAAAAACGACCAGUAUGAUAGAUUAAAAGUUGUGAAAAUAACUUAAAAUGAUUAAUCAUUAUUCUACACUUGUGGGUGAUCCAAAACGUAUAUAAGAAUUAAAAAAAAAGGUUGCCAGUUACAACAACAGAUGAAUAAAGAACUCAUCGCAGCAAAGGCAAAAACAAGACAAUUUAACACUGUUAAAUACGGGUUGGGCAGAAGUCCCAGCUGUUUUUGAUUGCAGGAGUUACCGAUACAAUGGGCUGGUUUGGAACUGGCAGACAGCGGUCCGAUCAUGAUCAUAGAAGGAAGGAAAAUGAGUCCCAAAACAGGUUACUUUUCAUGCACGAGAUUCAGGUACAUUGCAGUGUAUCUUAACACUAACUGCAACACUAUGUACAGUAUUGAAAUGAUACACUGUAAAGACAGGUAUCUAGGGCUGUACCAGUAAGUGCACUGCCGUGCUGCAUCUUCACCAGGCUGCUACUGUUUUAUGAAUCUACCCAAUGCCUGAUCUCCAUGCAGCUGUAUGGGUGUUGGUACAUGGAGAUUGAGAAAAAGUUUGAGAUUUGCCUGUUUCCACGGGCAAACAAAAGUUCAACUUGCUUUGUGCACAGUAAGGCUAUAAAAUUGAUUAAAAAAGAGAAUUCAGAAUAUAGUAAUACACCAUAUUUUCUAAUAAAACUGUGCAUAUUAUACAUACAGUCCGCAUCACAUCUAAACUUUACAAGUACUACUACAUCAUACUAAAAUGACCACCAUAAAAUUAAUUCUAAAUUCUCAAGACUGCUUGAAUUGAUAUAUGCCAACAUACAAGUUAUUUUUGCUGUAAUAAAACUGGAUAUGCAGAAACUGAUUGAAAAUAUAUAUAAGGUUUUAUGCAUUUAUGAAAUGAGUAAAAUCAUACAAAAUGUAUAGAUGCUGCUAAAACUGCUGUCUGAAAUUUAGUAGGUCCCACUGUACACCCCUUUGCAAGGUGGUCUAAGAUUAUUUUUUCUCAGCACAGUUAUUAUAGUCUUAUUUUAUGCAGAUAUUGCAACUUAAAAGCUUAAACCCUUUCAAAAGACUUUGACAAUUGGACAAUCACCCCCAGAUAAUUAUUUUCAGGCUAAUAA